AAAAAACAAGUCAUUGGUUGUUUUGCUUUUGGUCUCUCUCCUGUUCUUCUCUUCUCUUCUCUUCCAUCAUCGUGAUCACAAUUCACCAUCAUCAUGAUGCUGAGGAGGAAGUGUUUCACCUCCUUCUGUUCUUCAAAACUCUUCAAUCUUCCUUCCAAUUUCCGCUCCUCCUCCUCUUCUUCCUCUUCGAAUCCACAUCUCUCAGCUCUCCAUCUCUCACCUUCACCGCCCAAAGCCGCCACCGAUCUCGUCUCCCUCACCCGCCACUAUGGAACCUGCUAUUGGGAGCUCUCCAAGGCCCGUCUCAGCAUGCUUGUGGUUGCUACAUCUGGGACUGGAUUUGUAUUGGGGAGUACUAGUGCUGUUGAUUUGUCUGGACUUUCUUGGACUUGCUUGGGUACCAUGAUGGUUUCUGCAUCUGCUAGCUCUUUGAAUCAGGUUUUUGAGACCAAUAAUGAUGCCAAAAUGAAGAGAACAUGUCAAAGGCCACUGCCCUCCGGACGAAUUUCAAUACCUCAUGCAGUCGCCUGGGCAUCCUCUGUGGGUUUAGGUGGCACGGCUCUGCUAGCAACACAGACUAAUAUGUUAGCUGCUGGGCUUGCUGCUUCCAACCUGGUUCUGUAUGCAUUUGUAUAUACUCCCUUGAAGCAGAUUCAUCCUGUAAAUACAUGGGUGGGGGCUAUUGUCGGUGCUAUUCCACCACUUUUGGGUUGGGCUGCAGCUUCUGGCGAUAUUUCACUAAACGGGUGGAUUCUUCCAGCUGCUUUGUAUUUCUGGCAGCUACCACAUUUUAUGGCCCUUGCCUAUAUGUGCCGAGAUGACUAUGCUGCAGGAGGGUUUAAGAUGUACUCUCUUGCUGAUGCAUCUGGGCGGAGAACAGCAUUGGUGGCUUUGAGGAACUCUAUAUAUCUAAUACCUUUGGGGUUCUUGGCCUAUGAUUGGGGUAUGACUACUGGAUGGUUUUGUCUUGAGUCCACUGUACUUACACUUGCAAUAAGCGCUGCAGCAUUUUCAUUCUAUAGAGACCGUACUAAAGAAAAAGCUAGGAGAAUGUUCCAUGCCAGUCUUCUCUAUCUCCCUGUGUUUAUGUCUGGGCUUCUAGUUCACCGUCGUUCCGAUAACCAACAAUUCUUGGAAGAAAAUGCAAAGGGUUUUGUGAAAUUUUCGUCAUCUUUGGAAACUUCAGAGCUGGAUGAUGAAAAUGGUGACAAAAAGAUCAAGAGUAGGCGUCCAUUUCAAGCACGUUCACCUGUAGCAUAUGCCUCUAUUGCACCUUUCCCCUUUUUGCCUGCUCCUUCAUAUGACUACUCCAUAUAAUAUCUAUCAUUUGUCCAGAUUUUGUAUGAUUCUACGUUAUCUUAUCAAGUUUUGUUUGGUAGAUUUGAUAUAUUCAUUGAAAUGGUAUUUCUCAUGGAAGGGUUAAGCCAUGAGGCAUGAAGUAUGUUUUGUUCCGCAUGGAAAAUUGUACAAGCAUCGGUGAUCUUAACUAAAUAAAUCAUUGUUUGUUUCUUGAAUGAUGUAUACAAUACACAAUUAAUUUUUUCUUUCUUA